AUGCUGGGUUCAUCUUCACAAUUUAAGCAAAUCAUUGUAAAGAAAACAAACGUUCCAUAUGAAUUGAGAUUUAUUGACAUCAGAAAUUAUAUAGCGGGUGGGACAUUAGACCAAUUCACUCAAGAUUUCGGAAACAAUAAAUCACGUGUUAAAUCCUUUUUCCCUUAUCAAUUCAUCACGUGGGAAAAUUACGAAGAAGAAUUAUAUAAAAAGGAACCAUUCACGAAAGAUUCAUUUUAUUCAGCAUUAACUCAAGAAACUAUAUCAGAUAGUGAUUAUCAAAUAUAUCUCAAUGAUGCUAAAAACUUUAAGAAUAUAUUAAAAUAUUUUAUUCAUUAUUGCAAUAAAGAUGUUGAAAUUAUGAUUGACCCAAUUGAUAAAAUUAUUGAAGAAACAUUUGUUUAUAAAAUUGACAUGCUUCAUAAUCUUUCUUUAUCAUCGAAUGCUUCAAUGAUUCGUUACGCUUUAGCAUAUAAAGACUUUAAUCCUAAUGAAAAAUAUCCUGAGGAAGAGAUAGAAUCAAGUUUUGAAUUAACGAAAAAGUAUUGGAAAUAUAAAAUUGAAUCAUAUAAGAAACAAGAUGAAAAAGCAGAAAGAGAUACUAAAAAUAAUGUUUCAAUGGAUGAUUUUCAAUACUAUCACGAUUUAGUCCUUUCAUCUAAAUGCAAAAUGUGUGGUAAAGCGUUUACAUAUGCAAAUAAACCAACAUUGGAUAGAAUCGAUAAUGAAAAACCACAUACCAAAGAAAAUUGUCAGUUAAUGUGUUGUUAUUGCAAUGUCGUAAAAUCAAAUAAAGAUGAAGAUGUUCAACGUUUAAGAAUCAAUUUAAGAAAUUAUGCAUUAAAAAAUAAUUUACCAAUGACUUUAGAUUCAGUUGAAGCUUAUCACAUUCUCCGUAAUGGAAUUACUGGUGGUCUAUCAAAUGUUCAACACCGUGUUAAUCUUAAAGGAAUCACGCACAUUAAUAAACCUUCAUAUAGUCCAGAAACUAAAACUGUAUCAAAUGAGGACACUUCCAACAUCAUGACUCAUUUCGUUGGUGUUGAUUUUAAUUCAUUAUAUCCUUCAUCAUUUUCAUCUAAUCCUCAUGAUUUCAUUCAAUAUACUGACCAUAAAAUGUAUAUACCGGGAAGAUUGAAUGGUGUUAUCAUUUGUGAUACAGCAACAAAGAAAGCAAAAGCACUGGGAAUAAUUAAGAAGAAAAAUACUUUAUUCGUGGCUGAAGUAAAGGGUCACAUUGAUGAAAAAUACAUUAAUGAUUACAUAAACUUUUUACCGAUAAUAAGAAACUUAGAUAUUAUCACAGAUGAAAAAACAAUUGGCAGUUUUAUGUAUAAUUACAUGAAAUCAAACAAUCUACCAGUUGACCAGAAACAGAGGAAAUUAACUCAGUUAGCAUCAACACACAACCAAUAUCAACCAUUUUCUUCUUAUUAUCUAUGGUAUCUAAUCGACAGGUUUAAUUUUAUCAUUGAUGACAUUCAAUCAAUUUUAACAUUUACUAAAAACACUUGCUUUAAUGAAUUUGCGAACGAAUUUAUGAACGAAAGACAAAAGGCUGAAUUAGAAGGAAAUAAAGGAAAAAGUUUAUUUUGCAAGAUUUCGCUUAAUGGAUCAUAUGGUUACGAUGCAAUGAAUACACAAAAUUACGCAAAGACUAAAAUAAUGAAUGCACAGAAGGCACGCGUUGCAUGUAUGUCAAAUAAGUUUAAAAACAUAAGAGAAAUAGGAGAGGAUACGUAUCAAGUGAUGCUCAAAGAUAGAUUUUAUAGAUGUGAUACAUGUUUACAAGAGGCAUUUUUUACUUUAGAUAACGCAAAAUACUGGUAUUUAGUUUUCAUUUAUGAUUUUAUGUAUAAAUGCAUGGAUGUUAAUCGUUUUCAUUUCAUUGAAGGUGAUACUGAUUCAUCUUAUUGGGCAAUCGCUGGCGAUCCAAGUCUUCCUAACACUCAAGCAUUUCAAGCAAUUGUUACCGAUAAAAAAUUUUAUGAUAAAAACAUUUUCAAAUUCGCACCUUUUGAUUUCUUCUGUUUUGAUGAGAAAUUUAAACCUAAAUUAAAGAAUAAAGCUGAAGAAAAAGCACAUGAGAAAAAAUUAUUGGGUUUAGCAAUUGAGAAACAAGGUGAUAACAUGGUGGCGUUAUGUCCUAAAUGUUAUACUUCAUUCAACAGUUCAAUUGAUGGAAGUGAUUUUAAAAAGAUUGCACAAAAAAUGAAAGGUGUUAGUUUACGACAAAAUAAGCAAUUAACACCUAAAAAUUAUUUGGAUAUAAUAAAUGAUAAAGUUAUUUUCGAUGGUCAGAAUAUUAAUUUACAACUUAAAAACGGGUCAAUGACUCGCUUAACAAUCGGUAAGACUGCAUUAACAGGAGCACACACUAAGGCUGUAUGUUGUGAAAAUGGAUGUUGUAUGCCAUUUAUUUAA